AUGCCCGACCGCAACGAUGCUCCGUCAAAGGAAGAAGUAGAGGACCUGGUACGACGAGCGCAGCAGGGACAUAGUGAGGCGUUUGCGGGCCUGUACGAGGCCUACUACGACAAGAUCUAUCGCUACGUGAUGUUCAAGACCGGUGACACCCUCGAGGCGGAGGACCUGACCGAAGAGGUGUUCCUGAGGAUGUUGGAGUCGAUAGGCUCCUUCAAGUGGCAGGGUUAUCCCUUCACGUCGUGGCUCUUUAGGAUCGCACACAACCUCGUGAUCGACUACUACCGAAAGGCGGGACGGCAGAAGAAGACCUCUCUCGACGACGCAAUGCGGGUGGUGGGGACGGACAACGUGGACGUGGACAGGAAGCUGGACGUAGAGCUGUCGAUCAAGGAGGUCAAGGAGGCGAUGGGCGGGCUGACGCGGCUGCAGCAGGAAGUGUUAUCCCUGCGGUUCGCGGGCGGGCUGUCGGUUGCCGAGACGGCGGAGGCGAUGGGCAAGAAAGAGAACGCGGUCAAGGCGCUGCAGCACGCGGCAAUCAAGAAGCUCAGGACGCUCCUUGGCCCGGCGAUGGAACAGGGCCUGAUAAGCCAAGGCGGUGCAUAG